CAGCCACCAUGCCUUGAUAAUCCGAAGAUAGGCAUAUGUUUGCUUUCCGGAAUGUCGCUCACAUGAAUUUGCCAAGUACUAGAUGCUUAUCUCCCGCUGCCCAAGAAGAUGUCAUACGAUAACAACUGACCCUAUAUCACCGCAUACGCUCCGCUGAUUAGUUGGGCUAUUGAAGUUUUAAAUGUAGCUCUCCCCGUCCAUUAUCUAUUGUAACUCACCAUGUCUAGCGAGCCAUCAUAUUCCGAGUUCAAGCCACUCCUUGCCCAGAGUGUUGGUUAUGGCGUUGUUGUUGGUGUGGGGUUCUUCUUCGCAGCCAUCAUGUUCAUCUUGACCACGCUGCAACUCAAAUUCUUCAAAUUUUCCCCCGCUUCUUCAGAAGAAUUCACGAGUGCUUCUCGGAGUGUUAAGCCUGGUCUAGUGUGUUGUAGCAUCGUAAGUGCAUGGACGUGGAGCGCUACCCUUUUGCAAUCGAGCACUGCUGCAUAUACAUUCGGCGUUAGUGGUCCUUGGUGGUAUGGUGUCGGUGGCACCAUUCAGGUCGCUAUUUUUGGCAUGAUUGCCUCCAAGGUAAAGCAGAAUGCCAACGGUGCCCAUACAUUCCUUGAGAUUGUCAAGACGCGAUUUGGGACAAGUGCUCACAUUCUCUUCACAUUUUAUGGAUUUCUGUGUAUCUUAUUAGUCUGCGGGUCUCUGCUACUUGGAGGCUCUGCGACUGUUAGCGCCUUGACCGGCAUGAACACCAUCGCGGCAUGCUUUCUUCUCCCUAUUGGUAUUGCUGUCUAUGUCGUCUUUGGUGGUCUGCGCGCGACAUUCAUUUGCGACUGGAGUCAUACCAUCAUCUUGUUCACUAUUAUCUACAUAUUCGUAUUCCGAGCAUACGGAACAUCACCCGCCAUUGGUAGUGUCUCCAGACUCUAUGAUCUCUUAGAACAGGCUAGCCUCGACACUCCAGUGGUAGGUAACGAAGGGGGGAGCUACUUGACUAUGAAAUCGAAUCAAGGGCUUGUGUUCGGUGCUGUCUCAAUCCUUUCUGGUUUUACUGGAGUCUUCUGUGAUCAAGGUUACUGGCAAAGGGCGAUAGCAAGUCAUCCAGAGUCGACCACCAAGGCAUACAUGCUUGGUGGUAUUUCUUGGUUUGCUGUUCCAUGGGCAUUUGCAUCUUGUCUCGGUCUGAGUGCUCGCGCUCUUCUGACCAAUCCGAAUUUUCCCACUUAUCCUUCUCCGCUUUCUCCAAGUCAGACUAGCGCAGGUCUUGCAGCUCCUGCUGCGGCCGCUGUGCUCAUGGGAAAGGGCGGCGCGAUCACCGUGCUUCUUGUAGUAUUUAUGGCUGUGACUUCAGCUGCUAGUGCUGAGCUCAUCGGCGUAUCCAGUCUAUUUUCGUAUGACAUAUACCGGACGUAUUUCCGCCCCAAUGCCACUGGAGACGAGAUAGUGAGGGUAUCUCACUACUUCAUAUGUUUCUGGGCUGUCUGGAUGGGCUGUUGGGCAACGAUUCUGUAUGCUGCUCACAUCGACCUUGGAUGGCUAUUUUUUGUCCAAGGCUGUAUACUCAGUCCUGCAGUCAUUCCCAUUGGACUUACUGUUUCGUGGUCUAAGCUUACAAAGGCAGGCGUUUUCUGUGGUGCUAUAGGCGGCGCAUUUUUCGGAAUGUUGGCUUGGAUGAUCGGAUGCUGGAAGAUAUACGGUCAAAUCAACGUCACUAACCUUGCAGAACCGUACUCAGCGCUAUGUAGUAGUCUCGCGGGAUUGUUUUUCUCUGGGAUUCUGACGGUAGGGGUGUCGCUCUCAAACCCUGCUGACUAUGACUUCUCGGGCACUCGAGCCAUCGCCAUCUUAGAAGAUGCAAACGAAAGUAACGUUUGGGACGAUGACACUCCAAACAGAGCAUCAGACACCGAAUCACAGAACAAGAAAAGGGGCACCAGCGAAAAAGGGUCGUCGUUCAAACAGCCAGUUUCCAACAUCAUGGAACUCAGGCUAGAGAAGGAUGAGGAAUCACGUAUCAGAUCCCUCAAGAUAGCGUUCAGGAAGGCGCUUAUGUAUUCUUCGAUUUUGACAUUGAUUGUUGUCAUACUUGUCCCAAUUCCCAUGUUCUUCUCUCAUUAUAUCUUUAGCAAGAAGUUCUAUACCUUCUGGACAGCUUGCUCGAUUACAUGGGCACUCGCGAGCGGGACAUUUUGCAUCGUCUUACCCUUGUGGGAGUCCAGAGUUGAGAUUGGUACGAUAUUGGGUUCAGCUUAUAGAUCAAUCUACAAAUAGAGUUCACUUUGAACUCCAAGUUGCUUCAUGUAUAUAUCUUUCCUGUUGGCAUUAGGUUCCAGCUUCGUCUGGCUCAGGAAGAGUCGGAGGCACGAGCUGUGUGUCUGGGCUGGUCCGAGCUUGGGAAGCAGGUGGAGCCGCUGGGUGGGCAGGAGACCUACGAAUUCUGUCGUGCUCUAACUCUUGUGUGGUGCAAUCAAAAUAGUGUCUUUAUAAUACAGUGACAGUUCAACAGGCUAAUUAAGAGAGAGCAAGGAACGAGAAGGUUAACGAGCGAGAGUUUGAAGUCUCGGUGUCGUAGGUAGGUCGAAAAACGAACGAAAGGAUUCCAGACGCUAACGCUCACCUGGAAGUGUGGG